GGCAGUGAGCAGGCGAAAUUCCUUAGCCUGCUCCUUCUGCCACGUUUAAUCCCUUUUUUCCCUUUCUCGUCGAAUCAUCGUCCCCUCCCCACCAAUAUAUCCGGCGAUAUUUACCUAUUUUCGUUUUAUUUAAUAAUAAUAAUAAUAAUAUAACGUACUCUAUUGAGUAUUUUACGUGGAUAUUGAUUUUGUCUUCCCUCUGAAACGCUCCCAGCUCUCUCUCCCCCCUUCUGUGCCUGCAUUAACUGCUUCCGAUACGGUGUUAUACUGCAUUUAUUACCAUGCGAUCAUCCUCGUGAUUCGCCCCACUACUUUCUGGCGUUUCUGUUUCGCCCUCAACUAACUCUUUGGUUUUUUAGUUUCUUGUUUUGGAAUGUUUGGUUGAUCGAUUUCGACAAGAUUAUUCGGUCAUCAGAAAAAUUGCUGUUGAUCGGGACACGGCGAUGUCGGCACCCUUGGAUCGAUUUCCCAGGCCAUGCGACGAUGGGUUUUCUGGUAAUGAGGAGAGAAAAGAAAGAAAGUCUGAUUUUGAGAUUUCUGAGGAUGAAAGGAGGACCAAAAUUGGUUCUUUGAAGAAGAAAGCACUUAAUGCAUCUUCAAAGUUAAGGCAUUCUCUCAAGAAGAAGAGUGGUAGAAGAAAGAGCGAUGGUCGAGCCAGUUCUGUUUCAAUUGAAGAUAUCCGGGAUGCAGAGCACCUGCAAGCUGUUGAGUCAUUUCGGCAAGCCUUAAUAUUGGAAGAGCUUCUACCAGAAAAAUUUGAUGAUUACCAUAUGAUGUUGAGGUUUCUGAAAGCAAGAAAAUUUGAUAUUGAAAAAUCGAAGCUCAUGUGGGCUGAUAUGAUCCAGUGGAGGAAAGAGUUUGGUACUGACACAAUUAUCAAGGAUUUUGAGUUCCAAGAGUUCAAUGAGGUUAUGAAGUAUUACCCCCAUGGCUAUCAUGGAGUUGACAAAGAGGGGAGGCCAGUAUACAUUGAGAGAUUAGGGAAAGUCGAACCACACAAACUUAUGCAAGUCACUACCAUGGAUCGUUACAUAAGAUACCAUGUGAGAGAAUUUGAGAAAUGCUUUGCAAUUAAGUUUCCAGCUUGUACAAUUUCUGCUAAACGGCACAUUGAUUCAAGCACAACAAUCUUGGAUGUUAAUGGUGUGGGUUUGAAAAACUUCACCAAGAGUGCACGAGAUCUCAUUACGCGGCUCCAGAAGAUUGAUGGUGAUAAUUAUCCUGAAACUCUUCAUCAAAUGUUUAUAAUCAAUGCUGGUCCAGGCUUUAGGUUAUUAUGGAAUACUAUAAAGAGCUUUAUAGAUCCCAAGACAGCUACCAAGAUUCAUGUUCUUGGAUAUAAAUAUCAAAACAAGUUACUUGAAAUAAUUGAUGCCAGUGAACUACCAGAGUUUUUAGGAGGAACAUGUACAUGUGCCAAAUAUGGUGGUUGCCUAUCUUCUGAUAAAGGACCCUGGAAGAAUCCAGCAAUACUCAAGAUUGUCAAAAUUAUUAACAGUGAUGGGAAGGUAGUAUACGCCAAGCCUCAUUACCCCAUGUUGAAAGGCAGUGAUACUUCUACAGCAGAGUCUGGUUCUGAUGGUGAAGAUAUUGCUUCACCAAAAGCCAAUAGAAGUUUUUCGCAACUUCGGUUGACUCCAGUUCGUGAGGAGGCUAAAGCUUUAAGAACCACCAAUCAUUUUGGUAAUUUUUCUGGAUAUGAUGAAUAUGUACCUGUGGUUGACAAGGCUGUAGAUUCUGUCUGGAAGAAGCAGACAAGUACUGAAAACUUCGAAGUUUCUGAAGGUCCAGCGCCUGAUUCACACAGAGUACCAACAGGAUUUAAUGCUCGUGUUCUGGCAGCUCUUAUGACAUUCUACAUGACCCUUUUCUUGUAUUUCCAUUCAGUUUCAUGCCAUAUUAAAAAGAAACUUCCCAAUGCAUCAUUGCAAGAUGACCAAACGACUCCAGAAAUUGAGUUUAGAUCUGCAUCACAAACAUUAUCUCUCUGGGAUACAGAUAUCACCUCUUCUGUCAUGAAGAGGUUGGGGGAGCUUGAAGAGAAGGUGAAUACUCUUCAGACAAAGCCAUCUGAGAUGCCACAUGAGAAAGAAGAACUGUUGAAUGCCGCAGUUUACCGCGUGGAUGCCCUAGAGUCAGAGUUGAUUGCAACCAAGAAGGCUCUGCACGAGGCUUUAACGAAGCAAGAGGAGCUGCUCGCUUACAUAGAUAAUCAACAAUUCACUAAGCACCAAAAGAAGAAAUUUUGCUGGUAAGCUGCUUUCUACGUCGAGCUUGGACAGUUGACGACAUCGUUGUCCAUGAUUGAUGCUUACUGCUUAACCUCCCCAUCAGAGUUGCCUAACCAACCACCAUACAGCUAGCUGUAACUGAUAAUGUAAAUUCCAGCGAUAAUUUUACCGAACACAAAAAAGAAAAAAAAAAAAAAACAUAUAUGCAAGCCUUUUUUUUCCUGUUCAAUUUAUAACUUAAUUUGACGAUGUUGCUAACGCAUUCAAACGAUAUUCUGAGUCACACUGACUCGUCUCAAUUUACUUGUAUC